AUGAAGCUUUUACAAAAAUGCAAAAUUGUACCUGUGGCAAAACAGUUGCUGACCCCCAGAAGGGUAAAAAUCAGGGCCCAUGGAACGCCCACAUGCAAUGAGUUCACGAAUGCGGGAAUCACGUCAGUGGAGAAAUGCUCGCGCAGUAACACGCCCUCGGAAGGCGCAAGCCACGCCCAAAGCGCGAACGCCCUUGGACAGUCCGAACUAGUCAGACAUAUAAGAAAAUGCUGCAGAAAAGAUGACCUGUGCAGCAUAUACAAAUUCUGCGAUCAAUUUGUGCACCUUCUGAAAUUGAACAAAAUUAACCAAGACGAUUUUUCCUUAGUAAUUCACCUGUUGAGUAAAAAAAAAAUACACGACAACAGCUUUUGGAGACGUAUAGCCAGCACAGACAAUGUAAAUUUCAUUUUCAACAUGAACUUGAAACAAAUAAUUCUGACCUUCUACAGUAUUGCCAAUUCGUACAGGUACAUUGGCUUGACCCUUUUAAACGAAUUUACGCACAAGUUCAUAUUUGUCUUAAAAUGCCAAAAGAAACUCCUUUCUCUUUCUCGAGGAAGAAACGCGGUGAAGCAAAAGGCAAGUGACCCCCUCACGCGCAACAGUUGCCACUCGUACAAUGAAUCGAGGCAAACAAUUUUUCAGCCGGUCAACAAUUUUAUAUACCACAAAGAGGGAACUAAAAUUCAAGCCUACGAUUACACAAAUGAAUUCACAUCUCUGACCAAACAAAAGGGGAACCCCACAUGGAAUACACUAAUUUGCAAAAACGAUGAUCAAAAUGUUGGUCCCCUUUUUAGGAACAGGAAAAAUCAUUUGAAUGGUUUAGACAUAACUCUAAUGUGCAACACAUAUUCUAAGCUGAACAACAUAGAGAACUUGAAAAAUGUAGAAGAAUUAAAACAAAUCAUGUACAAACUUUUUCUUUAUUUUUUAUUUUUCAACAAAAUAGACUGUCAACAUAUAAUUCUAUUUAUGUAUAGUUACACACGGAUGCGAGGAUGUAUACACACACACGUGCUACGCAAAGUGCAAAAUGUAUUACUAAGCCCUACAAAUGGGCCGCAGCAGCAUUUGCACCAACUGCGUCUUGUGCACACCCUGGAUGUAGGUUCAUUAAAUAUGCUAAUGAAUGUACUGCAAAGGGGAAAUGUUAAAGACGAAACCAUUUGCAAAGAAAUUAUCCUCUCGGUGGUUAUAAAUUUAAAUUUGAAGAAUGAAAAAAGGACCAAAAUAAAGGGGUCUGUGUUAAGUGGGCAAGACUCUAACUAUGCCGAUCCCCUAGACCAUUUUGAAGAUGCAUUAGGCCACGCACCUUCAUAUACCCUCUCCAAUAGCAACAACGAAACAGACGAAGGUAGUCACCACCUUGUAACAGCCUGUACACCGCAGCAUCGUGACCAUUCCUGGAUGCUAAAAAAAAGACAAACACUGCUUGAACAUUUUACAAACAAGGAUUACACGUAUGUAGCGGAUAAGAACCAUCCGCUCGUUAAACUAAAUAAGAAAGACCUUUGCUUCCUUGUGUACAAUAUAAAUAAAUUAAGAAUAAAAAAUUACUACAAUGUGUACGACUACAUAAAGAACGAGUUGAGUGCUAGCCUGCCAGUUAUGAAUGUGUACAGCUCCUGCAUCAUGUUGGACUGCUUAAUAAAUUUAAAUAUACUUGAUCAAAAAUUAUUUAAAAAAAUAAUCACCACUUUGAAAAUAUUAUUCGAUAAAAAUCACUAUAACGAGAAAGACGUUACGGAUAUUUUCGCAUGCCUAUGCAGAUAUGACCACAAAAAUUCGGCUCAUCAUAUGGAAAUAUUCAACUUGCUACAAUCGUUAUAUUUUAAAGUACAAAUUAAAUUACAAAAAUAUAAUUACAUAAAUUUAAUUUCGAUUUUCUGUUCCGCUUCCUACUUUAACAUAAUUUUUACCAAUAAUGUCUUGCAAGAUUUGUGCAUAGACGUUCUUAACAAUUUUGAGUCCAUAAAUAUAAAAUUGCUUCUCCCAUUUCUAUACUUUUUAAAAAGUAAAAAUUAUGAAAUUAAUAUAUAUUUUUUUAACACCAUCAUGGAGAAAGUCCUUUCCAAAAUAAAAGACGUCCACACGUUUUUUUAUUCUUUUUAUAUUUUGUCAACAUUUGCUUCCAAAACGCUACAAGAAGAGAUGCACAUUUUGACCAAACUGGCCCACUUACUAGAGUGCAAUGAGCAUAUGCUAAAUGUAGAAGAAAAACUUGCCAUCGCAUUGCACACAGUUGUAACUCCGGUGUUGAUGUUAAAUGAGACAUUCUUCCUCUUCUGCGAAAGAGUGUUUGUUGAUAUUUUGUGUGCAACACCUGAGGAGGGGCAUACACAACUACACGAAAACAACCAACUUGAUACAACGCGGAACAUAACCCCUCCCAAAUGGAACAACACCUUUGACCCAUAUUUCAUCAACAGCAAUAAUCAUAACAAUUUCUGUUUCAACACAAAUUUGGGAAGUACCGAAUUGGAAGUUUUUCUUUCCUUGCUAUUGUCAGAUAUGUGUGAAAACAAACACUUGCUUUUUAAAAAGGGGCACUCCCUAACAGCACAAGAUGAAAAAAACAAACACACCAAACUGCUGCAGGGAAGCCACAUAAACACACGUAAAUUGGACGCACAGUUCAAUUAUGUAUAUAUCAAAUUACAGAAUGAUGGACUCAGGUACUUUGUAAAAAAUAGAAUUCAUUCGUUCGAUCGGCAAUUUUAUGCAAGACAGUUGGACACUCAAAAAGUACACAAGUACAUCACCAUUUUUAACUCAACCAAAUAUUCAAAUAAAGCGGAAAAAAAUAAUGGGACGACGAUACAAAUUUUCAACGAGAUGAAGGAACACUUCCCCAACUUGGAAGAAACUCUUUUUAAUGUAAUCAAAAUAUGUUAUGAGGAUUUUUUUAUUUACACAUUUUUCGUAAAAAAAAAGGACGAACAUUUUGUUAAUUAUUCGAACCAAAACGAAAGCUGCAGUUACGCCGAUUCCUUUUUCAUACACAGGAAUGAUACCUUAAUUAUAAAAUUAAAAAAAAAUAUGUUCAUUAAUUCGCUCCACAUUCCAUAUGUCUUAAAACCAUUUCUGUGA